AUGGCAAAGUUUGUUCUUGCAGGAAAGGCGGAUUGUCCUUAUUAUGCAAAGGCUGAGCUUCUGGCUGAUGUGCUGCAAAGAAAGCUGCCUGAGUUUCACAUUCACAAGAUCUGUGUGCACCCCAGUGACUGGGAGAAAUGGCUGGAGGACACCUGUGCAUCACAUGGCUGGGAGCACUCGUGCUCUCCUCUUGUCUGGAGAGAGCUGACUGAUCGUGGAGGGAAAGGCCUGCUGCUCGGAGGCUUCAGUGAUUUCCUUGAACAUGCUCAGGGUUACUAUGGCAUCACCUCAGAUAUGAACUCUGAUCUGAUGCAAAAAAUUUCAGCCGAGAAUCAACAAAUUAAAGAGCUGUGUAUAGAGGAGGAAAUCCACCGACAAAUGUCCCUCAGACCUCUGCACAUCUGGAUCAGCAGUGCUCUGAACCCCAUCUGCUACAGCCUCAUUCCUCAGUUGUUCUCCCCGGGGCUGUUUCCAGGUCUCCCCACCUUCAGCCUUCACCUCAUGGACGCUGACGGCUCUGAGGAAAUGCUGCAAGGACUCAAGAUGGAAACAGAAGACCUUGCCCAACAUCAGCUACAUGAAGUCACUGUCCAUUCAGACCAGACACGGGCAUUUCAGGAAGCCCACUUCAUUAUUUUUCUGGAUGACCUUCAGCCUGCGUGUGAAAGUAAUGAUGUGCAGGAUGACAAGGACCACACGGUGAACCAGGUGGCAGAACGUUUUCGCUGCUAUGGGCAACUCAUCGAAGCAAAUGCACAAAAAGACGUACGAGUGAUUAUAGCAGGAGACUCCUUUGUUAAUCUGAAGUGCUCACUGUUAAUUGAGAACACACCCUCUGUUGACCCACACAACUUUGUGGCAAUGACAACUCAACUAGAAUACGAGGCGAAAACUCAACUUGCGCAGAAGUUGUCAGUAAAAACUGCAGACAUUACUAAUGUCAUUGUAUGGGGAAACAUCAGUGGCAGUUUCCAUAUUGACCUACAGAGGGCGAAGGUUUUCAGAUGUGAUGGCGCAAUUUGGGGACCAGAUGGUUUUUCUCAGCAGGUCCUGGAAAUGAUUUACGACGGGAAAUGGCUGCAGACAGAUUUUAUGAAUUUAGUGCAUAAACACCGUACCACAAUUUCAUCAAAGACCAACAAAGCCACAGGAAUAUCUACAACAAAUGGAAUAAUGACAAUUUUAAAGGCCUGGAAUAAUGAUGCAUCUCCAGAGGACGUCUUCUCAUUGGGUGUUAUUAGUACAGGGCAGUUUGGGAUUCCAGCAGGUUUGGUGUUUUCUGUGCCGGUGAGCUUCAGGGACGGCUGCUGGUCAGUGCGCUCGGACGUUACUGUGACAGAUGAGUUGAGGCAAAAACUUAACGCUUGUGCUGAUGAACUUAAAAUGGAGAGAGACACCGCUGCUCGAAUACUGAAGAUGCAUGAUGGACUUCAGUGACACGACUCGUCAUUAUUCUAAUCAGAACACUUUUUAGAGCUAUAUCUGGGUUAGUUAGCAUCUAAAUGCUUCAAAUGGCAAGCGUGGUGACCUUGGCUAAUAAAAAUGUUCAGCUCAA